AUGGCAACUGAAGUGGUUCGCGAAUCCAAAAUCCUCCUCUCCAACAAAAACUACACUCUUUGGCUUCUUCCGAUGGAAGCUAAACUCUAUAAACUGAAGGCCCUCAACAUUGCCACCGGCACUGCUACCUGUCCUGAUCCCAAAAAAGACAAAGACAACUUCAAAUUAUGCAACAAGCUCAACGAAGACGCGUACGCAGAGAUUGUUCAAUACCUUAACCAAGAAGUCCUUGCCUAUGUCAGCUCAGCCCUCCCAACCACCGACAAAUUCAACGGAUUCAAGAUUUGGCAGUUACUCAAAGCCAAGUUCGCGGGCGAUGAUCUCACCUCUAAGACCACGGCACUAAAGAAAUUCCUCGCUGUUGAUUACGACUCGUUCUCGUCGUUCUUACCACUUAUCCGAGCUGCGAAUCAGAAGAUUGUCCUCUGGUGCCUCGCUCUCGACGAUCAAGUGAAAACUAUCCUGAUGCUCGAUAAACUACCUCAAGACUUUCACUCGUUCAAACAAACAUAUCAAUGA